AUGUCUCGAGCAAUAAUACCAUCACCCUACCGCCCUUCAGCAGCAGGCACUGCAGGGCUGCUCUUGAUAGCUGUUAUGGUCAUCAUUCACAUGUGCGUAUUACGACCGUUGAUGACACCUAGCAACAAUAGCACAGACGAUACUUGGAGAAGCUGGAUGCAACAUCAUAAUACAACGAGCAAUCUUCCAAGUCGAGACCACCCAUCCCACCUGAAACAUGAUCAACAAUAUGUCUCAUUUCUUCCACACUCCGGUCUUCAGAACCAGCGUAUUGCUCUAAUCAAUGCUGCUGUCAUUGCCAAGGCCUUGAACCGUACCCUGUUAUUACCAGAGCUUAAUUUGGGCAAGGCUACUUAUUGGCGACCCUCACACGAUCUUGAAUACCUUGUCGCCAACUGCCCUACCAACAAUAGCAUUUCGACCAAAUGUUCAGAGUAUCGCCGUUACGUCCCUAUGCCAGUUGACAGCAUCUUUGAUCUUGCACCUUUUGAGCAUCUCGGUAUUGACAGCAUGCAACGUGACGAUAUGCAUACCGAAAAUUUGGAAAAGCAAUUUGGUAUCAAGACCAUUUAUCGUAUCCACGACCCCAGCCGAUACUCAUAUCAAAUCCUCGAUCGCGAUGAUGUAUCAGCAACACGACAAUUUGACUCACGUCUUUUAUUGGAAGACAUUAUGGAUCGCCCUGAACAACUUAUUCUUUUUGGUUCCCUCUUUGGAAGCAAUCGUCUAGGCCUCAGCGACCCUGAGCUCAAUUCUGCAAGACACUAUUUACGUCAUGAAAUGGGCUUAUCGCAUCCUGAUGUCUUGAAGCAAACAAACGUGAUCCUUUCACAGCUUGGUGCUAUACCAGAAAGAAGCGAUGCUAAUGUAGAACAACAAGUGAGCAUCACCGAUGGUUCAUUUACUAGUGUACAUAUGCGGCAAGGUGAUGGCGUAUUUCGUAAACAGGCAAGCAACACACGUACAGCAAUUAGACGAGCACUUGAACAUCCACAUGACGAUGACGAUAAAGAUCAGCAACACGAAACGGAUCGAUUUAUGAAAGAAACGGUGGCACGUUUGCAAGGGCUAUCAAGUCGAAAAGAUGUUUUGGAAGCGUGUGUGGAGCUACAAUCGAUGGAGCAUCUUCACGCUAGGCUUAGGUUGAUCUACAUGGCGACGGAUUCUCGGCGUCCACAGGCGCAAUUGGCCGAUCUCUAUGCAGAGUUUGUGUGCUUAUUCACGCUACACGAUUUCCCAGAGGUUACACAAGCGAUCGCAGACCCACUUUUGUUACCACUAGUGGAUGCAGAGGUAGCAUCACACGCUGAUUAUUUCAUCCCAACACCAAAAAGCACCUUUUCUGGUUAUAUCAGUCAACGGAAUCACAAGUUGCAUUCAACUGAAACCAUUUUAUCAUCAUUACCUUCAUCCACUUCCUCCUCCUUGUAG